AUGGCAUCUCCGACGGUGGUCAACGUGAUGCUGGCUGUGCACGAGAAGAAGACGGCGGCGGUGGACCUCUACCGCCCCCUGCGACAGUACAUCGCCACCACCUUCUCCGAGCGAGAGGCCCAGGCCAACGAGGACGACCUCCAGGCCGUCCGCCAGAUGCGCUCCGACCUCGAGAACCCCUCCUCCGCGGCCCCCUCGCCGGAGCUCCGCCGCGAUCUCCUCCAGCACUACUUCCGCGCCCUCGCCCUUAUCGAGCCCCGCUUCCCCAUCUCCCCCGACCGCUCCCACGUCCACUCCCUCGUCUUCACCUGGCACGACGCCUUCAAGUCCAACAAGAAGGUCUCCCUUCCCUCCAUCCACCUCGAGAAGGCCGCUGUCCUCUUCAACCUCGCCGCCGUCUACAGCCAGAUCGCCCUCACCUCCGAUCGUUCCUCCCCCGCCGGGCUCAAGCAGGCCUGCAAUUCAUUCCAGGCUGCUGCGGGAACCUUCGCCUUUCUCCGCGAUCAGGCAGCCGCCAAGGCGGUCGCCGCCGGGGCGACGCUUGAUUUGUCGCCCGAGUGCACCUCGAUGCUUGAGCGUCUUAUGCUCGCCCAGGCGCAGGAGUGCUUCUUUGAGAAGGUUAUUGCUGAUGGCAAGCCUCCGGGGCUCUGCUCCAAGGUCGCCCGGCAGGUUGGUCUCUACUAUGAGGAAGCCUAUGCACCGAUCACUGCUCCUCCACUCAACCAACACUUUGACCGGACAUGGGUCUCCCAUGUGCAAUUGAAGGCAGCCCAGUUCUAUGCAGAAGCUUGCUAUAGAUAUUCUUUAGAGCUUCAUGAAAAGGAAGAGAUCGCUGAGGAGAUUGCUCGACUAAAGAUUGGAUUAGGUGCCCUCACGGAUGCGAAGAAGUCUGCUAAGGGAGUUGCUCAACCUCUCAUGGAUGCUGUCUCCAGAUUGGAGAGCAACAUGAACCGCAACCUGGAGAGGGCCACCAAAGAGAAUGAUCGUGUGUAUCUAAUGCGGGUUCCAGCAGCCGGUUCCUUGUCGGCUCUACCAGGAGCCUCUCUUGUUAAGCCUACACCAAUGGGUGAAGUUUUAGAUGGUAGCAAGGAGAGGUUGUUCUCAGGUCUUGUCCCAGACAGCAGCACCAAGGCCCUUUCAAAGUACACAGAGAUGGUUGAUGAUAUUAUCCGAACCCAGGCAGAAAAGCUGCAGCAAGGAAGUGAAAUAGCAAGGGUUAAACUUAAGGAGAUGGAUCUGCCUGAUUCUAUUCUAGCUUUGGAAGGUAAUUUCAGUUUGCCUAUGGAUCUUAAAGAGGAUAUUGAAGCUGUACAGAUCAGUGGUGGCCCUUCUGGCCUGGAAGCGGAGUUACAGCAAAUCAGGGAUUUGAGAAGGGUCAAUCAAGAGCUUUUGGUGCAGACUGAAGAGUUACUCCAAAAGGAAGCGAAUGAGGAUACUCAAUUUAGGACUCAGUUUGGGACUCGGUGGACGAGACCUCAGUCCAGCACCCUGACAAAAAACCUGCAGGAAAGAUUAAAUAGGUUUGCUGCAAACCUUAAGCAAGCUUCUGACAGUGACACACGGAUUGAGCGAGCUGUAAAAGACAAUGCUGCACUUAUGGCAAUCCUCGAUCGCAAGCCGAUAGAAUCAGCCCUUCCAAGUCUUGCAAGGCCAAUUAUGUCUUUGGAUAGCAAUGAAGAUGCAAUAGUGGGAGCCCUUAAACAAAGCUUGAGGCAAUUAGAGACUUUGGGUGCCCAGAGGGCAGGCCUUGAAGACAUGUUAAAAGAGAUGAAGAGAAAGGAUGAUAUACUGCCAAAACUGAUGGCAAGCACCGGGUCACAUGAGGAUCUUUUCAAGAAGGAGAUAGCAAAGUAUGACCAAAUCUGUGAAGAAAUUGCCCAAAAUAUCGAGGCACAGGAGCAAUUAUUGCUUCAAAUUCAGGCACAAAAUGCUGAAUUUGCUUCUGUAUUCAAUCUAGAAGACUACAAAGUUGCUCGAGAGAAGAGUUACAAACAGAUCUCUGCUGCCAUAGCAAAAUAUCGAGAAAUCAAAGAAAACAUCAACGAGGGAUUGAAGUUUUAUGUUACUCUCCAGGAUGCAAUAACAAAUGUAAAGCAGCAGUGCAGUGAUUUCGUGAUGACUAGAAAUAUCCAGUGCCGGGAAAUGAUUGAAGAUGUGCAGAGGCAGAUUGCUGGUCUCAACUUCACAGCUGAUGGGAAAACAGGCUACAACUACCCUAUGCCCGGGCAGUCGAACUCACAAAGAAAUGCUCCUCAACAGCCAGAAGCGCAGAGUGCUCCACCUCCAUCUCAUCCUCAGCCACCAUACCAUCGCCCAUCUGGGGAGCAGCCCAGGCCUGCAUAUUCUCAGCCAUACCCUGCUUAUGCUACUCCCCAGCCGCCACCAUACUAUGCCUCCGGUAGUCAUUACCAGCGUCCCCAACAGCCGCCCAACCAUGAGUAUGGGCAGCCAGCAUAUCCCGGAUGGCGUGGACCAUACUACAACACACAUCAACAGCAACCAGGUUCGCAUCCUCCGCCACCAUACACUGUGCCAGCUCCUUAUCCCCCUCAACAAGGCAGUUACUACCGGCCUCAGUAAAGUACAUACAAUGUCCUGACUUUAUCAGCUGCAUUCUCCAUUUUGUUCCAUUGUGAAUGGCUAUGAGAGAUCAUAUUUGUUAUCGUCUGCUUUCUGUAUUUGUAUGCAUAGUUUGUGUGAUAAUUUGUUGUCCUAGAAUAAUUUCAUUCAGUGACCGAGCAGGAAGAUACUGUGCUGAUCUAUUCAGCAUGUUGUUAAUGGAAGCUCUUGCUGAAACUAUUAGAAUCAUAUUUUGUAUUUGAAGGGGUUUGAUGGAGUGAGUGUGAGCUUGUGUCACAAUAUAAUGGUAAUAAUACAUUGCAUAA